UAACGGCGCUGUAUCUUUUAAACGGACAGCGACGUCUCCUCCUGACAGAUAACCCACACAGAGAUGUCCAACACGGGGGGUCGGAGGCUGAAGCAGUGGCUGAUGGAGCAGCUCCAGAGCGGCCAGUAUCCCGGGCUGCUGUGGGAGGACGAGACUCGAACUAUGUUCCGAAUCCCGUGGAAACACGCGGGGAAACAGGAUUACAACCAAGAGGUGGACGCAUCCAUUUUUAAGGCCUGGGCGGUGUUUAAGGGCAAGUUUAAGGAAGGGGACAAGGCCGAGCCAGCGACUUGGAAGACUCGGCUCCGCUGUGCUCUGAACAAGAGUCCGGACUUUGAGGAGGUGACGGAAAGGUCCCAGCUGGACAUCUCUGAGCCAUACAAAGUCUACCGGAUUGUACCUGAGGACGAGCAGAAGCAUGGUAAAAGCUCGGUGACAGUGAUGACGACUGCUUCCAGCUCUGCUGACAUGUGCGCAGACUACAGUCCUGGUGAUGCCGACGGACUUGAUCGAGAUGAAGAUUUCAAAAACAUCCAGACCAGUCCUGAGUACUGGCCCCAGACCACUUUCAACGCUUUUCCACAACACCAGGAACCGCUACCUUCCAGUCCUCUAAACUCAGCUUCCUCCCCGAUGAUGAUCAGCUUCUACUACGGCGGCAAGCUGAUGGGCAACGCACUGGUAACUCAUCCUGAAGGAUGCCGGAUCUCCCCGGCCCACCUGGGUCGCAGCACCCUUUAUGGCUCCGACAGCAUGCAGAGCGUCCACUUCCCCCCGGCAGAGUACAUCGAGUACGAGUGGCAGCGACACAUCACACAGAAGCUCCUGGGUCACUUGGAAAGGGGCGUCCUGCUGCGAGCCAACCAGGAGGGCAUUUUCAUCAAGAGGCUGUGCCAGAGCCGGGUGUACUGCAGCGGCACCAGCGAGGAAGGAACGCAGUUCAGCCCGGCGCCGUGUAAACUGGAGCGGGAUGCUGUGGUGAAGAUCUUCGACACCGGAAGGUUCCGUCAAGCUCUGCAGCUCUACCAGGACGGACAGUUUCCGGCACCGGACCCGACCGUAUCUCUGUGUUUUGGUGAGGAGCUGCAAGAUCCCAGCGCUGCCAAGAGCAAGCUGAUCAUCGUGCAGAUCACGAUGGUCAACUGUCAGAACCUGCUGGAGUCAGUCAACACCCGCCGGCCUCAGCCUUACAGCAGCUCCGGCAUGGACAUGAGCGACGACGCAGCCUCCGACCAGGUGGCUCGCAUCUACCUGGACUUGUGCAGCUACAGUGGUCCACAGAGACCGGCCUGCUACAUGCCCAUCACUGCCUGAGCUCCUGGUGCUGUCAUGAAGAACAGUCAGUCCCAUGUACAGAAGCCUCUUUUGUAACUUUUUUUCUCAUUAACAUCGCCAUAGUAAUACAUUAUUACUAAUGGUCAAAGUUUCUCUUUAAUGUUUUUGAUACACAUACAUUGUCUUCAAACCUGAUAGUACUUUUUUUUUACUACCAUUGCUAUUAUUGUUUCAGCCGUCUAUUGUCAAUCCGUGUUGACUAGUUCUGAUCAGGAAGGUGGGUCAGUACAGAUGGGUUUUACUAUCUGUCACAUGACCUUUUUUUAUGGGUUUUUUUAAAAAUGAUUUUCAAUAAAGAUGCUUUUUCACUUUA